AUGAUUUUCCGUGUUUUUGUUGUUGUUGCGUUGGUGUGUCUCGCAGGCACCGUUGAGGCGGUGGAGGGUGACAUUGACUGUGGGACCGCGAAGGCGUGCUACCCCUGGGCGAGUGGGGGUGUGGAGGAUAAGGUGCAGGUGCCAUGCGUGCGUGGAAAGCGGCUGAACCUUCGUUUCAUGUUGGAUGUUGCGGCGGAGAGGCGUGCUGCGGCAGGUGGGAAACCGGUAACUGCAGUCUAUGGUUUCUGCCCCGUGGUUGACGAACUUGAUGUGUUCACGCUCUUCUUGGCUUCUGCCGUGACGACGCUCAACGCCACCGGUACUUAUUUUGCUCUUUCACACAACAUUGGUCGGAAGUAUCUCUCCGUGUAUGGAUUUGGGAUGUCAAACAGUACAUUGUUUCCCCAGGAAGGCCUCUCCACAGGGAUUGUUAUGGUGGCGGAAAGUGGGAAUUCCGUGUGCGGCUCCCCCCGCUCCGUGGCACUCGUUCAUACCUUGCUUCUGGACAUCGGCCUGCACCGGGGGUUAUUUAACUACAUUGGCGCUAGGAUGGCCUCGCCACCGAAUGCUACAGACAAUGCUACAAGCCGUGCCUCCGGGGCUGCUAAGGAAACUGCCAUGCAAGAGGAUGAGGUUGUGGUGCAGCCGGCAAUGGUUGGAUUCCGCCCGACGUGCAAUGGGAAUGACGAAUGUCUUUUUGAUUCGUCUAGUGUCUGCAUUGGGGAUAAAGUUGGAAACAAAAAUUGUGCAAAAUGUUACGAAUCCCCUUUGGACGUUACGCAUCAGCAUCUUGCUGUGUGGGCCUCAUACUAUGGAACCGAUGCACAUGGUCGCCCAAUGCGGAGCGGUGGACUGAACCCGCUGAACUAUAGACAGUUUGCUGGGAAUCGGUUGUUUAUGGAACUUAAGAAGGCACUCGACAGCCUGAAGCUGGGCUGGUAG